AUGACUUCCACCAUCGCCACGAAAUCUCAAGCCCUCCCGCCAGGAAUCUACUGUCCUGUUAUCUCAUUGUAUCAGAUUACAUCCCGACAAGAGAUCGACCUCGUUGCAUCCUACAAAUUCUUUUCCUACCUGAUCCGUGGAGGUGUUGACGGUCUUGUACUUGCCGGAACCACCGCCGAAGCUGUUUUGCUCUCCUCAGAAGAGCGAAAAGAACUAGUCAAAACUGCCCGAAAAGCAGCGACUGAUCUCGGCCGUCCAGACUUCCCAGUUGUCACGGGAAUCAGUGGCCAGUCCACAAACGAAUCCAUCCGCCUCGCAGAGGAUGCCCCAGCCGCAGGCGCGAAUUUCGGCCUGUUGCUGCCCCCGAACUAUUGGGCGAAAGCCGUGACAAAGGAUGUUCUGCUGGGAUUUUAUCGGGAGGUCGCUGAUGCAACAACUCUACCGAUUGUCAUCUAUAGCUUCCCUGCCAUGUGCAACGGCAUAGACAUGAACUCCGAUACCUUAUCCGAGUUGGCACACCAUCCCAAUAUCGUCGGCGUCAAACUGACCUGCGGCAAUGCGGGCAAAGUGACACGGCUGACGCGAGAAUACAAGCACGGCCAGUUUGGUGUUUAUGCCGGUUCCUCGGACUGGCUCAUUCCUUGUCUGGCCGGUGGCGGCGGAGGUUGCGUCACUGGGAUUGCCAACGUGUUCCCUAAAUGUGUUGCGAGACUCUAUGCACUGUGGAAUGAGGGGAAGGUCAAGGAGGCGAGUGAGCUCCAGGGUUUGGUUGCCCAAGCGGAGAAGGCGUGCAAGGAGGGAAUUGCGCCUACCAAGUUUGGGGCUGCACACUUUGCUGGUCCUCCUGCUGGAAUAACUGAUGAAAAGGCAUUUUGGCCCCGGAAGCCUUAUGCGCCCUGUGGGGAGGAGAAAGCGUCGUGGGUGGUGAAGGUGAUGCGGCAUUUGGUGGAAGUGGAGCAAGGCUUGCCAGAUGCUGUAUAA